CACGGUUUUCUGACUGAACUCCACUCCCGUUCACUGCGAUGUUACUAAGGUGUUUUGGUUUGACAGAGGCGGUGAAGGCGGAAGGAAAUAUGACCCUCUGAGCCGGUCACACCCCCUUUCUCUUAACACCGCAGACUUCAGCCAGCACACACACACACACACACACGCACACGCACACACACAUGCACACACUGACAUAAAGUGGGCAUAACAGCGCUGACACACAGAAGACCAGGGAGAAAUAGCCAUUUAACCAAUUUCUGCAAUAUUACACCGUUUUGCCUGAAUGUGACGCGACAACAUUGAACGACAACGCCGACCGUUUGAGGUGGGCUGGCUGCAAUGAUGUCCAGAUCCACAAAAUCAGCCUCGAGGUCUCGGAGCCGCUCAAGGUCCCGGUCAAGAUCCCGGUCAAGAUCCCGCUCCACCACUAGCUCCAGAAGUCGCUCCAGAUCCCGGUCCAGGAAGCGUCACUACAGCUCUAGGUCUCGGUCAUGGUCAAGAUCUAAUUCUCCAUCUCAUACCCGGGAGAAGAAAUAUCAAAGGGGAUACCAGAACAGUCGUGAGUUCCGGGGCUACCACCGCGCUUUCCGCAGGCCAUACAACUUCAGGGGCCGAGGGCGGGGCUACUUCCCACGUGGACGCUACCAGCGUGGUGGUGGGGGUGGUGGCCAUAACAACAACAACAACAACAACAACUUCCGCCCCAACUGGAAGAAUUACAAGCAGUACCCUCAAAAACAGCAACAACAGCAACAGCAGCAACAGCAGCAGCAGCAAAACCAUUCACGAGGACGAUCUCACAACCUCCAGAAACGCUCAGGAAGCCCCCCUCAUGGUCAUUCUCACCACUCUGACCGAUCCUCCUCGCCAUUAUCCAGACACUCGCAUCAUUCUUCCUCUUCGUCACACUCCUCCUCUCCCAAAUGCAGGCCAGCCUCACUGCUGACUAACCAAAACUCCAAAGAUGUGAAAGAGGGGCUCUCAACCUCCAAGGAGGUCCAAAAGGGAGGAGGGGGAGAUGGGGAGCCAGUGGAGCUUGUUGGGGUGUUGGCAGAAGAUGCCAAAGAAGGCGCGGGCAGUGGGAAAACUGAGGGGAACUGGCAGGGCCUGACAGACUGCAGCAGCAGUCCAAAGAGAACGAGUCCUCUGGCAAGCUCUGCUGUUAUUGUUGGUCAGAACAGCCAAACUACUAACCAGUCUAGUCCCUCCCCUAAAAUCACAAAUGACAGCAAUGGUGCCCCCUCCUGGCAGAUCGGGGGUAGUUCAUCCUCAACAAAAAAAACCUCACAUGAGGGCCUAAAUCCAAUGCUUUCCAGCUUUGACUUCUUCUCCAACGAGGAAUGCCUGGAUGGAGAUAAAACAGCAAUCUCCAUUGCCUUCGGAAAGUUUUUGGAGGAGCAAAAUAAAAAAGCUAAAGCUUGGGAAAAUGGCAAGAACCCAGAAGCAAAUGAUGGGGAUAUGGAACAAGGGAAAGUAAAUGGCAAAGCAUCAGCGAUUCUCUCUGACUCAGUGUCAAGAAAGUACAAACAGGACAUUGAUGGUGAAGUGUCUCUGAACAGCUUUUUGAAAGCUUCUCCUUUCCGGUCUGCUGACGUGGAGGAACAGGAGGACAUGAUAAUCAAGCCUCAUUCAAAGUCACUUCACAAAGACUGGCAUAAUGGGGACGAGUCCUCUAAGCCAAAGGGCAAGGUCACUCCCUCAGCCCGGGAACUGUUUGAAGAAUGCUUUGACAAAUGGCAGAAUGUGGCCUAUGCACAGGUAGCCAACAGUGACCUUGACGCCAUGGCAGAGGACAUAUACCUCAGUCGAAAGCAGGAUAAAGCAGCGGCCAUUGCUGCGGCCCUCGCCAAGAGGGAGUUAGCUGUAAAAUUUCAGGAACUGUCCCCAGACAUAGGCAAUAAAGCCAGAAAGAUGGCAAAAUCUUCCUCCAUCCCAUCUCCUACACCACCACCGAGGAGAAACUCUGACAGAGAGAUGUUUAUGAUAAGGGGAGAGAACUCGCCUUUCAUGUCCUCAAGAAAACAGGAAGCAAAAUUAAAUGUCAGAAUGGAUUUCCUUGGAGAUAGCCUGAUAAGCUCUUCUGAUAUUUUAGCUGAGGAGCGACAGUUGUCUCAGGAUCUUGUGCAGUCCUCAAAAAAGGAUCAGGAGUUCCGCUCCAUCUUUCAACAUGUUCAGAAUGCUCAGUUACAGAGGAGUCCCUCUGAGCUGUUUGCCCAACACAUUGUCACUAUCGUUCACCACAUUAAAGCUCAGCACUUUCCAUCUUCUGGAAUGACUCUAAACGAGCGAUUCACCAUGUACCAAAGACGAGCUGCAGAGAAGGAAAUGAUGAAGCCAAGAAAAAGCCCAGAGAUACACAGGAGAAUUGAUGUUUCACCAAGAGCUUUUAAGAAACACUCUCAACUUUUUGAGGCCAUGAAAAGCUCAGAGGAUGGCACUUACAAGGACGGCGGAGAAAAAAUGAAGGGUGACCCAAUGGACCUUCGUUUGGAUAUUGAGCGCCGUAAAAAAUAUUCCAGCCAUGAAAGAGUUUAUAAUCAGGAUCGGGGAAGAGAUAUGGGAGAUUCCCCAGAUUCUAGUAGAGAGAGAUCUGUGGAAAAGUUCUCCAAAUGCCACGAGAGAUCAAAGAAAAGUAAAAAGAAACGCUCUCGCUCGAGUUCGUCCUCAUCUUCCUCGUCCUCUAAGUCCCAAAAAGAAGAUUUGCCCCAUGGCAAGUCUGAUCCCAAAGAUAAAGGCUUUAACAGGACCCGACUGGAUCAAAAGGAGUCACCAGAAUCAGUUGAAAGAGGCAGGCCACGUGGAGGAUUUCAAGUCCGAAUUCGUGGAAGGGGCUGGAACAGAGGAAAUUAUCAGGGAAACUGUUCAUAUAGUAACAACAUGGCAAACAUGGCAGUACACCCAAAAAAUGAAGACUGGGACCCAGAGUACACGCCCAAGAGCAGAAAAUACUACUUGACCUCCAUCCUUUUUCCAUCUUUCUCUCAGCACGAUGACCGAGACAUGGAGACAGAGGGCAAGUGGGUGGACAACCGAGGGCGAGGACGGGGAGGAUUCUCGCGUGGAAGGGCACGAUUCAUCAUCCGCAAAGCCAGUGGGGGUCCCAACACCAAUAGCCCCAAAUGGGCCCACGACAAGUUCCAAGUCAAUGGGGAGCAAGGUGGCGCACAGGGAGAGGAGCCAGAACAGGACCAUAAAGAAGGAGAAAUUGAUGGAGAGAAUACUUGAGCAGUGAAGCAAUGGGCUGAAAAUCUUAAAUUUUCUUCUGUGUUGUUAUGGGAUCUGACUCAGUAAAUUUAUCCACCAAAAUGGAUUCAUAAAUACAGAUUAAAAUGGUUUAAGACUCAGCUAUCGCUAGGAAAACUUUUAUGCUUUAAUUUCAGCGUAGGCUACAAACUCUGAUUUUCAACAUCAGGAUGCAACUUAUAACUAGUAGAAGCACUGUUUAAGGCUGAAUUGCUGUUUCUCAUAAGAAUUUGGAUUUAUGUUACAUGUUUUUUGCUUUAUAUGGUAAAGUGAAACUUUCAAUGCAGCAUUUUGGUAAUAUUUACACUUUUCUCGCAGGAAUGAUUAAAAAAUGACUCGUUAACUUGUAUUUGUGUAUUUUUAAGUAGCAAGAGAAAAUCACAUUGUAGAUCAAAUCAGCUUGUGCCUUAUACUUGUGGAAAUGAAGAAAUGUUUUGUGAGCGGGCUACAAGAUAAAUAGUUCUAUACUGGUAAAUGCAUUAAAAUCUACUCCAAUUAUCCAACUAUGAGUUUUUUUUUUGUUUUUUUUACAAAGCAGGCUUGUUGUUUUGAGCUGUGUCUUGACUGGAUUAAAAUGACAGCAAUAAGUACACUGUAGUUCAUGUUGACGUAAAAACAUCACUGUUUAGCCAAUUGGGCACUCUACAAAUGACCCUGAUCUGACAAUGGGACCAAACUGUAUGGGGUCAAAGGUUAUACUCUGCAACAGAUCUACAAUACUAGCAGUAUAGUUAUUAAAUGUACAGGUAGUUAUCCUUAUAAUAACAUUUUGCUGUCAAAGAUUUCUAUACUUUAGAGUAGCUAUUUGAUCUUGUAUACCACUUAUCAAUGUAUAAUAUAAUAUUGAUAGUGAUUAUAUGUUUUCCUCCAAAGAUGCUCAUUGUAGUUUUUGUACCUGGCUAGGCAGGAUUUUGACUUUGUCUUUAAAGGAGAAUUUGUUCUUAAUGCCAUAGAUUUUGAUGUGUUUUUCAUUUGCUGUUUGCAAACUUCUCUCCAGCCAAUGCUGAUUUAAUCAAUUAUGUAAACCGUGUGCAACUGUAUCAACAUUGUGAUAGAAGAGGCUCAAAAUUAGCAUUUGUGUAGUCCGUAGUUUGUAAGAAACAGAAAUACAGGGUAGUUUGUAGGACAAGGAGUACAGUAUGUCUAAUCCUACAAUAAGAAUGUUUGCAUAUCUCCAAUGUUUUUUUUUUCCUUAAAGCUAGGAUUUGGCUUUCCGGAAAACUGCCCAUACAAGUGAAUUACACAUUAUUGUGCCUUGCUGUGGGUGCACUGGUCUUAUUUGUACAAUACAGGCCAACAGAUUGAGAUUCACAUUUUAUUGUUUAAAAAGGUUACCUGCUUAGGGAAUAUUGCUUUUUUAAACAGGUGUUGUUACUGUUCUUUUCUGUAAAUUAAAAGAGACACUGAUUACUUUAA